AUGGCCAUUGCUGCGGCCGGCGCUUAUGCCGUGACCUCCGGGUUCGUGGUCAGCCAGCCGGCCGCACAGCAGCCAAGCGAGGUGCGCCUGAGGGGUGCGCAGGCGCAGCCCAACUCCAGCGCGGGCUUCAGCUCCACCAUGCUCAACUUGGCUGGCGCUGGCACCGUGGCAGCCGGCUUGGCCGUGAGCCAGCGCAAGCGCACAGCCCUCCGUGCUGAGAAGUUCGCCGGUGGCCUGGUGGGCAGCGCUGGCGGCUUCGGUGAGUACCAGUUCGACCCCAUCGGCUUGGCGGAGCGCUACCCCACCCUGCUCCCUUGGUUCCGUGAGGCCGAGCUCAAGCACGGGCGUGUGGCGAUGCUUGCCUUCCUCGGUCUCAUCGUCCCCGAUGCUUUCCGCCUGCCGAUCGAUGGCGCCUCCGACCCUUCCAUCGAUGUCAUCGCUGCGCACAACAAGCUCAUUGGUCCCGGCCUGGGCGAGGGGCUGAUGUGGAACCUGAUGGUCGUCGUCGGCGCCAUCGAGUCCGUCCGCUUCAAGCAGAUCGGUCUUGGCUUUGAGAACUUGACGCUCGAGAACGCCGGAGAUCUCGGCUUGCGCGCCUUGGCACCGGGCACCGAGGAGGGCAUGAAGCUGGUGCGAACCCAGGAGCUUAAGAACGGACGCCUCGCGAUGCUCGCAGUGGGUGGCUGCCUCACUCAGGCCGUGGCCUUC